CUCUCUCCAAUCGUCUGGCUGGGACAUCAUAAUGCAGUGGUGCUUUCCCAAAUUCCCACUUGAACAUCCGCGGCAAUGAGACAGAUCAUAACUUUGGCAUCGCUGCUAAGAUAACGCUUUCCAUCGUAACUCCUCCCUUCCCCAGAGCCUUGGGUGCGGAAAACGUCCCGAACAUUGAGACGUUGCUAUCAGGAUCCUCCGCCUGAGCCUAAAGUGAAGUGACUCACGGCUCGUCUACUGAUCCUCACUGCUCCUAGUGCCGAAUAGUCCUAUUGACGAUAAAACACUUGCUGCUGCAGUGCCCACGCUUCCAUUCCCAUUGUGCUGCACUACGCUUGUUGUAACCUCCCAAGGCGAUACCGGCCCACAUACAUCCUAGUCAUCGCGGCUCAUCGAGAAGGAGUGUGGCGUCAAGAUGUUUGGCAACCGCAGGGAACGCAGAGGUGGACUGGGGCUGCUGCUGCUGCUGGAACGCUUGAUGUCUGUCGGCAGUGUCGGCCCCAUCACUCUGCUGACUAUUGCAGGCCAGAGUUUGCUGUACAUGGGGAUCAUCAACCCUCCCUGGCACAGUUAUGACGUGUGCCUGAGUGGUGAGGCAAUACUGCGCUACAAGAAUUACAGGCGCCUGCUGCUGUCUGCUAUAGAACACUCUGAUGACAUCCAUCUCUACCACAACAUGGUCUCCUUCUUGUUCAAAGGGAGGACUCUGGAGAGGCUGUUUGGUUCAGUGAAAUUCUUCAUUCUUCUGGUGGUUUUCACACUGGCGACAAGCUUGACUUAUGUUGGACUUGCCUGGGCAGCCACUGAAUAUUUUAAGUCUUAUUCCUACAUGAGGGAAUGUGCUGUGGGAUUUUCUGGUGUUAUCUUUGCCCUGAAGGUACUGACCACACACUAUGAGAGGAGUCACUACAGCCAGGUGAUGUGGUUCACAGUGCCCUCCAAGUAUGCAGUGUGGGCCGAGCUGCUCAUCAUUCAUAUCCUGGUCCCUCGUGCCUCAUUCAUUGGACACUUGGCAGGAAUACUUGUGGGUGUUGCAUAUGUGUAUGGUCCCCUGAGUGGUGUUGUUAAUGCCAUACACACCACAGUGGCAGGUCCCCCAAGGCCAUCCUACACCUAUGCCUAUGGAACAACCAGAGGCUACACCUAUCGAUGAAUGGAUGAGGACCUGACAGUAAACCUUGGAGGAUUGAUCGCAAGCAGAUUUUGUACUUAUGUGAAUUUAUCAUUGAAAGGAGAUUCCACAUCAUUGAUAGGAAAUUAGUGUGCAAGUGCAGUAGGUUAUGAUUUUGUAUUCAAGUAAAUAUCAAUCCUGUGAUAAUGACUGGAGAAGCUUGUUAGUAACAGAGCCAAAGAGUGAAUAGGGAGAACUACUGCUGGAAUACCUGAAGCUGGCUGUGAAAAAAAAAACCCUGUUAGUAGUAAGUCUUGAUAUAAACUCUCCAUCUCCCUUCUCUUUAAGCUUGGGUGGUAAUGAAUGAUGAGGUGAUGUGAAGAAAGAAAAGAAAUUGUUGGUGAAUGAAUGAUGUGUUUGUACCAUUUAGACAGAAGAAAACCUGCUCCCUAGAAUGAAUGAACUGGUGUGUGGCUCAUAAUACCUGCACAUGCUUUUAAGACCAUAGAUAUGUUCAUAAUGAGGCUUCUUUUCUUACCUGUAUACUUGUUCUGAAAGCGUCUGUGUUGUCUGAGGUGAUGAGCUGCCUUGCUAAGUGUGUGUUGCAGAGUGUGUGUUGCAGGAGAGCCACCUUCCUUACCUGUACUGGUGUGAAACAAACAAAAGCAAUUUAUACAUGACUCUUUUAUUCUAAAUUGAUCAACAUUAUCACAGACAGAUGCCACAAUACUAUUUUGAUGUAAAAAAAUGGGCCUCUCUAUCAAAUCCUACUUUACAACUGUCUCCUUUCAUGGGAACCACAGCUAUGUACACACCAUGCAGCACACUACAUCACACAUUAUGGGGUGGUGGUGAUGGCAGUGUUGCUUCCUGACUCAUGCUCACUUGUUUACCAGUGUUGCCUUCAUCAUCACCAUUGUCAUCACUGUGUUCACUGCUGUUGGUACAUAGAAAUUGGGAGCUUUUUAAAGGCUUAUACAUGUGUACAUAAUUAUGAUCCCAACUUAGAAACCACGCAUUAAUACUAAGAACAGGGCAAAGAACUUAUGAAAUACUUAAACAAUAACUGCAUUAAGACUAAACUCAGAUGAACUGAGUGGCACAAGAGGGUGGACAAGGCAGCAGACUCCAGCACUGGUCCCUCUGCAACCAGACCCUUCAUUGGGACCUCACACUUCUGUCACCCCUCUCUGUCCUUCUACAGCUAGAUUCUUCUCUCACUGGGACCACACACUUAUCAGUCACCCAUGUCUUAUCACACACACACACACACACACACACACACACACACACACACACACACACACACACACACACACACACACACACGAUGGAAACAGCAAAGUUUUCAAACAACUAACAACAUUUCUCUCUCUCUCUCUCUCUCCCCACAAACAUUACUAAAAUUCCACAUCCAUCCCCUUUCUCCCUCUCCUCUCUCUGAGUACUCCCCUCCUCACACACACACACACACACACACACACACACACACACACACACACACACACACACACACAAACAAGUGAAUCUUUCAAUGUUGGUCUCACUUACCAUGUUGAGUAUCCCAUGAAGGGAGACUCAGGUCACCAAUCUAUUCCCUUCUCACCACAAAUCAAGCUGUCACAGACUUAUAAGCUUGCUGGUCAUGUUUCUGGUAUUGAAAAGCUUACUGGUCAUGUUUCUGGUAUUGUUGAAAAGCUUGAUGAAUAUCACAUCUCUGUAAGCUGCCUGUGUCACAAUUAUAAAGAUAAUGAACAUCAGAUUACCCAUACAAGCUCUGAAUGUUGUAAAUAUAAAGCUAACAAACAUCAGAUCACCUUUGCAAGCUCUCUUUCAUAAUUAUAUGAUUAUAUGAUCCUACAUUCAGCAUACAAUGAAACAUUGUCUAAAGUGUCCUAAAAAUAAAUGUAUCCAUAAUACUAAGAACCUUUUCUCAUUAAGCUGUAUUUU